GUCGCGGAAGGGGAGUCCGCGGCGGGCGCCGCUAGCGGGCGGAAGAUGGCGGAGGGCGGCGGCGCGGGGCCGGACGAACAGGAGCGGCGGGCGUCGAGGUCGCGGCCCCCCAGCGCGCGGGACUUACAGUUGGCCUUGGCAGAAUUAUACGAAGAUGAAGUGAAAUGCAAGACUUCCAAGUCCGGUAGACCUAAAGCUACAGUCUUUAAGAGCCCACGAACACCACCUCAGAGGUUUUAUUCAGGUGAACAUGAAUAUAGUGGAUUACAUAUAGUUCAGCCUCCAACUGGGAAAAUUGUAAAUGAACUUUUCAAAGAGGCAAAAGAACACGGGGCCGUCCCUCUGAAUGAAGCCGCAAGAUCUUCCAGUGAUGACAAAGCUAAGUCAUUUACAGGCGGAGGAUAUAGAUUGGGCAAUUCCUUUUGUAAGCGGUCAGAAUAUAUCUAUGGAGAAAACCAGCUACAAGAUGUUCAGAUUUUACUUAAGCUGUGGAGUAAUGGUUUCAGUUUAGAUGAUGGAGAAUUGAGACCUUACAGUGACCCAACAAAUGCUCAGUUUUUGGAGUCUGUUAAGAGAGGAGAAAUUCCCCCAGAGCUUCAGCGACUGGUCCAUGGUGGCCAAGUGAAUCUGGACAUGGAGGAUCAUCAAGACCAAGAGUACAUAAAACCCAGAUUGCGGUUCAAGGCUUUUAGUGGAGAAGGGCAAAAACUGGGAAGCCUUACACCAGAAAUUGUCAGUACACCUUCCUCCCCAGAAGAAGAGGAUAAAUCAAUACUUAAUGCAGUUGUUCUUAUUGAUGAUUCCAUGCCCAUUACAAAAAUUCAGAUCAGAUUAGCAGAUGGGAGCCGUUUGAUACAAAGAUUCAACAGUACACACAGGAUCCGGGAUGUUCGAGACUUUAUUAUACAGUCACGUCCUGAAUUUGCAACAAUUGACUUUAUUCUUGUGACUUCAUUUCCAAAUAAAGAGCUAACAGAUGAAAGUCUGACACUACAAGAAGCAGAUAUUCUUAAUACUGUGAUCCUCCAACAGCUAAAGUAACACUGUUCCAGGCCAUCAGUAGCAUAAUGCACCAUAUUAAUAAGUAGACUACUUCUGCCAGAAAGACAACCAAAUCGUUUUUGUUAUUCAGAUAAGUUUUGAUUUUAUUUCAUUUUCCAGCCUAAAGUAAAGAUAAGUCUUGAUGUUUGAAUUUUUAGUGGCAGGCCUGGCUUGUGUUGAUAGCUUGUAAACUCUAACUCUACUGGCUUGUUAAAUACUCAGUGUUAAAGUAACAACAUUUUUAUGCAGACAAAGUGAGUGGAACCUCUUUUGGUAAAUACAUUUGGUAAAAUUUGCACUAGAGUUUCUUAAUACAACAAUGACCUUUUGAUCAAAUAAGUUGAAUUUUUUUCUAUAACAUAUACUGACUGUGAGUUUAAAAUUGUUUCAUCAUACAAUACUUAAGGUUUUGCAUAUUCUUUAUCUAUUGAUUGAACUAUGUUAGUGUCAUGAAGUGUACUUUGGCCUUGCAUUUCAUGGGAUUAGAACUGUCAUAAACUAAAUUUUAAAAAGUUAUAAAAAUCAAAAGCUCUUUAAAAUCAAGAAAUUAAUAGGUCUUUUUCCAGAGCCUUCCUUGAUCACAUUCAUUCAUUCAUUGAACAGAUUUUUCUAGGGAGUCUUAUACAUACUAAACACUGUUGUGAGUGUACAAUGUAGAUUGUAUUCUCUAGCGUAUAAACUCAGUCAGAUAGACUAGAUUAAAGAAUAACCAGCUAGCCCAGGUAUUUCUUGAAUUGCAUGGACUAUAUCAGAAAUAACAGGAAAGCUUUUCUUUUUCCCAGAUAGCAGUUUAUCUUUGAUCACCAUUCUGGAUAUUUUCUGUUCCUGCCAUAGAAAUUACAGAAUUGUGGCCUGAAAUAACACAGAUUUGUUAUCUUAAAGUUCUGUAGGUUGAAAGAUGAACAUGAAUUACUCUGUCCUAAAAUCAAGGUAUGGGGCUGCAUUCCUGUGGAAACUCUAGAAAAUCAUUUCUUUGCUCUUGAGCUUCCAGAGGCUACCUGCACAACCUUCACUUACAGUGCUCUCCUUCAUCUGACAGCCAGCACCACACAUCUCUCUGACUUUUCUAUGAUCACAUGUUCCUGACAACAACAGGAAAAUAUUCUCUGCUUUUAAGGACUUGUAGGAUUCAGAAGAAUGCACAAGAUAAUCUCUGGUAAUCACCUCACCUUAAACUUUAUCAUAACCUUAAUCACAUGUUCAAAGUUGUCCUUUUCUAUUUUAAAUUACAUUUUCACAGGGUUGGGGGAUUAAUAUACCUGAUUAUUGCUGUCUACCGUAUCUCAAAAGAUUCACUUCCAUCCCAGAUAAACCCACCCCAUGUGAAGGUGCUCAGAAAUCUUAACCCAUUAUAGUGACGCUAAAUCCAAACUUUUAAUCUAAACUUCAUUGCUUCAGAGGUCGCAGAUCUCAUUAAAAUUGUCUAAAUGAAGUAGAACAUUCCUUUCUACUUGUGACACUAGAAAUCAAAUUAUCACAAAUAAAUGGCAGGACAACUGUGGAAUAAGUUAUAUGACACUGAUGUGUAAAAAGCAGGAAAAUGAAAUGGAAAGUGGAGCUCCUGGCACCAAGCAGUAUCCCACACCAGCCAGACCCCCAUUCAAUUUUAAGGUCCAAGACUAAUCUGUGGCAAGUGGUUUAGUCAUCACAGCUUGUGGCUCUGUCUUCAGUCAUCUGUCCUUGCACAGUCAUACAGCUUGUCUCUUCCUUCUCAUGUACUCGAAACCUUUCAUUCUACAGUAGCAGAGGUUCUGUCAAGAAAAGGAUUUCCUGUGUAACGUCAGGGAGAUCCGCACCGUUAAAAGGAAGCCCUUUACACGUCAUUCUACCACAGCCAAUCCCAUCUCUGGUUUUUACUUUUUCCGUGAUAGCUAAGAACUGUGCCAUGCCCUUUUUUUAAAUGUGUGUGGUAUGUGUGCUUCUGUGUAUGUAUGUUCGAAUGUGUAUGGGUGCACAUGCACAUGGAUUGUGUGUGUUGGGGAGUAAUCUGUGCUUUUGUGUAUGUGUGUUCGAAUGUAUGGGUGUACAUGCACAUGGGUGUCGGGGGGUAUGUGUGCUUUUGUGUAUGUGUGUUCGAAUGUAUGGGUGCACAUGCACAUGGGUAUGGGGUGGGUGCGUGUGGAGACUUGAGGUUGAUGCUUGGAGUCUUCCUCUCUCUUCACUUACCUGUGGCCGUCUAUGAGUUGAAGCGAGAGCUCUCCACUGCAAGUAGUCUGGUUAGCCAGCUUGCUACAGGAGCUCUUGUCUCCACCUUCUGAGUGCUGGAAUUGCAGCAACCGCCAUCCACACCCAGCAUUUACAUGGGUUCUGGGCAUCCAAACUCAAAUCCUCAAACUUGCAUAGCAAGCACUGUAGCUACUGAGCCUUUUCCCCAGCCCCUGAAACAUGUUUCUUUUCGUUUUGUACUAUCAAAAGUUUACACCUCCACACCCUCAAUCUCAUUCUGUAGAGCAGUCUUUUCCCUAACAGUGUGUGUGGUUUUUUUGUUUGUUUGUUUGUUUGUUUGUUUGUUUAAUGUAUCUCUUAAUUUUAAUGUCUUUUGCCAUUUGACUAGACUUGAGAAUUGCUCUAAGUUCUGGGUGUUUUUUAUUUUUUAAUCUGUAUGAGUAUUGCCUGCAAGUAUGUGAGUGCACCUGUCUCAUGCAAUGCCGCGGAGAUCAGAAGAGGGCUUCAGAUUCCCCUGGAACUGGAGUUAAGGACGGUUCGUAGCUGCUGUGUGGGUGCUGGGAAUCGAACCCAGGUCCUCUGCAAGAGCAGUCAGUGCUCUUAACCACUGAGCCACCUCUCCAGCCCCCUGGUUUCUAUCAAUCUACAAUCAGUAAGAGGAAUACAAGUCAUACUAUACAUUGUUUCCUUGGACAUUUCAACUCAGUCUUUUAAUAGAAACUAUCAUAUACUAAUUCUGCUUUGCACAUAACUGUACAAUUUAACUGAUGAUCUCUUCAGUUUUCCAAUUACAUUUUUUUUUCCUGAGCCCUCAGUGGCAGCACCUAUUAAUGUCACUAUUUCUCCUAAAGUCUAUUCAUGACCAUUUUGAUAUUCUCUGGUGAUUUAGAUAUUUUCUUAAAAUCUCCAGCAUUAAACCCUGUUUCUGUGAAGAGUCUGAAUAAAGGCUGUCUAGUCCUUUACUGUUAUGUUCCUCAAACUUCUCCUGCCCUCCACCCCAGGCUUGUAGUCCAAAGCUGCAUGAGGAUUUUUCUCAGUCAUAUAGUCAUAAAAAGAUUCUAAGAGAAUCUAAAGAUUCAAAGAUUAGAAUCUUUAGAUUCUAAGAGAAUCUUUUUUUCCCUCACAAUAAAAAGCCCCUCUCCUUUUUAUUUAUUAAGCACAACUCGGAUAAUGAGUUUAAGAAGUUUACCACAGUUUAAAAAGACUGCCAAAACCUGGUUUGGUAGCGUAUACCUAAAAUCCCAGCUCUGAGGAGACUGAGGAAUGAGGAUCUCUGUGAGCCGGAAGCCAGCCUGGGCUGUAAUUUGAGACUGUUUCCUUUUUUUUUUUAGUUAUCAGAGAUUAACUACCUUUUAGAUAGAGUAAAAUCUGGGCUGGAGAGAUAGAUCAUUUGGAUAAAGCUGGAGUUCAGAUGUCCAGAAUUGAUGUAAAAUUCAGCAGGGCUGUUAGACAACUAUCAUCCCAGCAGAGAUGGAGGUCUUCAGAGCAAGCUGGCUAGUCCAGGCUAAGUGAGAGACCUUGCCUCCGUAAAAUGAAGUAGAGAGCAACUGAGGGAAACCACCCAAUAUCAAUUUCAGGCCUCCAAAUGCACACAUAUGAUGCACACUCACAUGCCCACACCCAUACAUGAACAAAAAAGAAAUGGAACAAAAUCACCUUCCUAUAGAAAUAAAUAUACAUAUAUAGAAAUUUAAAUAAAAGGGCAUUACCUCUUCAACAAAACAGGGAAAACAUCAACCAAUCCUUGUAUAAUUACUUGAAUUUUUCUUGUAGUUCCUUUUUUAUCAGAUACCUUCAAAUGUACAUACAGAAAUGACUGCCAUUUUGUGUACGAUAAUAAUCUUCCAAAAUAAGAGAGACAUAUUAGCACAGAGAACUAGGUGUCCACAGAGGUGACCAGUACUUUCCAGACGUCACGGACGGUGUAGCUUCCUUGAUUUUUUUACAUUGUAGUCACUGUAACUUUUUAUGUAUUAUAUUCUCGAAAAAAGGUGAUCACAGUGAGCAGUUAGACACGUGUGAGGACAGUCAUUUUACAUGAUGUAGAUAAUCAAAAAGUUUGAAUUAUCUGCUCACUAAUAAAGAAGGUUUUCAUUAAAACUCAUUGAAAAUAUUUUUCACAUUGUCUUUGAUGCAUAGUUAAGUGGUUAAAUAGGUUAUUUUAAACGUGAGUCACUUUUCAUAUGGCUUUAUUGCCCUUAAAUCUUGUUUGCAAGCCGAGAAGGGCCUGAGCUAUGGCAGUGUUACCUCAAUUUCUCAUUGUUGUUUCUGUUUUUACUCUACACAGACAAAAAGUUUCAGGUGCUUCUUAAUUUCCCGCCACUGUGUAUUUCUGAAAACUUUCUCAUAAAGAAUAUUGUUAAAAGGUGCAUUCAGUUUUUCCCAUUAAGAGUUUGUAUCCCUGAUCAGUGAUGAAAAUUUAUUUAUAUAUAUAUAUAUAUGUAUUUAUUUAUCUCCAAUAUUGUCAAAGGCUACGGAAUUUUUUAUAAUCUAGAAAAUGCUUAGUAUCUUCUAACUUCAAUUAAAUAGUUUAUAAAAGAAGCCCUGAUGUAUAUAUAAAAAAUGUGUAUGUGUGUGUUUAUAUACCCAUAAUAAUGCCAUCUGUGGUUAGAACUAGUAACUAGCUGUAGUAUACAUGUAGCUUAUCAGUUUUGCCUCUUUAAGAAUUUAUAGCCAUGAUGUGAGAUGGUGGGGAAGAUUGAAUUUGAUGACUUCUUUUCCCUUAUAUAAAUACUUAUGUAGGACAGAGAGAUUCAGAAUCAUCUAGGCUGUAGCUACUUUAAAAGUUCCCUUGAAGCUGAUUUCGGAGGACCUCAGUACUACAGUUCCAAGUGCAACUAUCCAAAUGAAAGACAUCAGGGAAGCAAGCUAACCAGUCACCGUUGAUUGUAUCACGACAACUCUGUCUUUGAUUGGAAUGCCCAAUAAACAGAUAACUCAUUAGGGUGGACUGAAAGACCUCACACUUAGCAAGCUAAUACAGUACUUUUUCAAUGGUCUAAUUAUUGAAUUAAGUCAUGUGUGCUAAUUAGCAACAUCGAAAAAAGGGCUAAGAGAGUAAGGUAAGAAGCCGAUGGCUCUUCUAACUCAGAAACUUCUCUUUCCUGUUCUUCCUUUCCCUUCUGCAGUUUACCUAGGCUUGUAGUGUGUCAAAUGGGUCAGUAGGGAUACCUAAGAUGACUUUCCUCACUUUAAUCUACAGAAUAAAACACUGAAAAGUACUAAAUGUCCAUUUUGUAUCUCUGUAUUGACUUUUUGGUUUGUGUCUUCCUUAUCUACAUAGUAUAUCUUUGGAUGUAUCUUUUAGAACAGACGUAAUUACAAAAGGCUCUUCAGUGUGGUUUCUGUAUUUGGCAUCAUUCCCUUGUCACUUUUUAUUUUUACUUUUAUAGGAAAUGCUUAUUUCCUCAAAUGCUGACAAACUUUGUCAUUUUACUUUUAGGAUCAAGAAUCAUAACUCAUUUUUAGUUUUCUAUGACAAUCUUUGUUAAUUAAAAAGUAGCAAAUGUAAUACUACAGAUAUUCAGAUGAUAGUAGGCUUGGAAGUCCUAUUGUGAGCACAGUUAAGACCAAAUGGAAGUCCUGCUGUCGGUAGCCCGAAUUGUGUGACGAGGAGGAAAGUAGGAUGAAGUAGCAUCUUAAAGAAAUGUUCAGAUUUUCUACAAAUUAAUAUUAGCUUCAACAUUCCAUGGUGUGAAGUAGUCAUUUUUAUGCAUAUAAUUAUAAUGUCUGUAAAUACCAUGUUUUAUAUGUAUUUAUAAUAUGCAUAAUUAUACUGUCUAGUAAUGCCCCUCUUUGAAGACCUAUAAAUACUUAUAAUAAAUGUUAGUAUUUGAAAUAUUGUGCACAUCAGUACUCUACAGCAAUUCAAACUAAUCUGACUAUAUACUCUUUAAUGUAUGUCAUUCAUUUUCUAUAAGGAGUACAUAUCUUAAAGAUAUGUAGGUUUAUCAUUUUUUGAGGGCUUACUAAGAAAAGGGUCCUCUGUUUACAGGCAGCAUGUUAUGGUUAAUGUCACUCUGUUAUAUGGCUUGUCCUGACAUAAGUUUAAUAAAUACAGUUUCCUCAGAGAAGCAUUCUUCGAUGCCUCAGUCUGUCACUGUCUCUCAGUCUCCUUAUAUCCUCUUGUUAAUUUAACUUGUUCCCAUUUGCUAACACUGUUCUCAUUCCCAAAGUCUCAAAGUGAACUCCAGAGAGCAAGGAUUUUGUCUUAUCCAUUCCUGUAUCCCUGAAGACUAGAACAGUAUCUUAUACAUAAGAGUCACUCUGAAGCCUGGUGUGGUGGAGCACGCCUUUAA